AUGGCCAUUCACACGAUCAGCGCCGCGAACAUCUCGCCAGGCUACGAAGUGGAGGUUGAGAUCGACCUUCCCGACGGGUGCAAAGCCCGCGAUGUGGAUGUCAAGAUCAAAUCUGACAAUGUGUCGGUAAAGAUCUGUGAGCGUACCAUCGUGCACGGGGAUCUGCUGAAUCGCUGCGAUCCGGAGGAGUCCCACUGGGAGAUUCGAGGAACGCGGCUGGUCGUCAUUCUUCAGAAGGCCGGCGGCUCAACGAUACCCUGGCCAAAUGUCUUUGUCAAGGACUGCAAGCAGACCCUGGACAUCGAGGAUCUUCUGUGA